UGUCAAGUGUUAUAAGAUGACCCAUGCCCGGUGUGAUGAAGACGACACUACAACAAUCAGAUCAAAGCAAAUUAUCAAAAGAAUGCGAUAAGUGUUACAUAAACGAUAAGUUUUACAAGCAACAGCAAACACGACAUUGAGCAGUCGUUACUGUCUACCUGAAUUGCCCAGCAGAACAAUUAAAUCUGGAGAACAAAUUGGAACUUCAGGAUGGUGACACUGACAAUUGGAAUGAAGACAGCAAAGGCAGUGCGUUUGCUGGUGCGGCCGGCUAUGCAAACAAGGUUUGCUUCAAGCAUGGACAAGGGAUCUAACUUUUUUUUUAGACAACUAUUCGACACAGCAUCCAGCACGUACACCUACAUUCUAGGCGACAAUAGCACGCGCGAAGCUAUCCUCAUAGACCCAGUUAUCGAACACGCAGAGAGAGAUGCCACAUUACUACAGGAGUUAGGCUACAAGCUCGUCUAUGCCAUGAACACACACAUGCACGCUGACCACGUGACCGGCACGGGGAAGCUCAAGUCCCUCCUUCCCGGCACCAAAAGUGUGAUUGGGGCAAACUCUGGUGCUCAAGCAGACGUUCAUCUCAAUGACGGAGCGACGGUUAGCGUUGGAUCGAUUAAGUUGGUGGCUGUGGCUACGCCAGGGCAUACGAAUGGUUGCCUCACUUAUAUAUGUCACGAUCAGGCGAUGGCCUUCACCGGCGACACGCUCCUCAUCCGCGGUUGCGGACGAACAGACUUCCAAGAAGGCUCAUCUGAAUCCCUGUACAACUCCGUCCAUACUAAAAUAUUCACCCUCCCCGAACACUAUACCCUAUAUCCAGCUCAUGAUUAUAGAGGACAGACAGCGACGACCGUUGGGGAAGAGAAAAAGUACAACCCUAGACUUACGAAGAAUUUAAAGGAGUUUAUUAAGAUUAUGGAUAAUCUGAAUCUGCCGUAUCCUAAGAUGAUUGAUAAAGCGCUUCCUGCGAACAGAGUAUGCGGUAUCUACUGAAAAGUGUGAUAAUUAUAUAAAAAUAUAAAUAUAUGAUAUAUUGUAUAGGGGAACUUUAUCUAUUCAUUAAAUUUUAUAUCAAUCUGAGGAAAAAUAAAUCGGCCAAGAGCAUGUCAGGCUAUGCUCAGUGUAGGGUUCCGUAGUUACCAUUCUGUCAGAAUAAGCUAAACGGGGGCUAUUAGUGAGUAUCAUGUACAUUACAAGCAUAAGGGAGUACCUCCGCAGCGCUUCGUACGUCUUUUUACUGAGAAGACUUUGAAGUAAUUCUAAAACGGCUGGACCGAUAAUGCUCGCUAUAGCUUGCAUUGAAAGUACUUGGUAAGUUUUUGUUUUAAGAUUUUUUAGACACAUGGUUGAAAAGUUAGAAGGGUGGGGUACAUCUUUUCUUUCUUUCGGAGCGAUUAUUUCCGAAAAUAUUCACCUUGUCAUACCGAAAAUAUACACAAUAUUUAUACAUGGCGACACUGGAAGAGUUCCUAGUUGACUACGGAACCCUAAAAAAACGUCAGUAAAAUAAAAAUCUCGACCCAUGUAAUAAAAAAGUGAGUAGUUAAUGGAAUUUCUAUUUUUAUAAACGAUAUUUUUAGUCUGUGAUUAAUUGAUUAUUCUAAGAAUUAUAGAUAUAUUUUAACUUAGAUGUGCAAUAUUAAGUAAAAUGUAAAAAAGGUAAUUUAACUAAUCCAAUUUCUUAUGUAGCUCAAAUAAAUACAAAUAAUGUAUAUAAUACUAAGUUAUUAGAUUUAAUAGGGCUUAAAGACAUCACAGAACAAGUUUGCCUGUGUUAGUAACAUUGAAUCAAGUUAGAUAUAGCAUUCCUAUUUAUUAAUAAAUUGAGAAUAUUUUGUCAAACCCAAACUCAAAAUUACUCUUAACUAGAGACAGUAAAUUAGAUACAAGAAUAAUUAAUAAUAAAGAUAUAUUAGAAUUAAGACAUUUUUACUAUAGGGUUUGUUGUUUAUAUUAUUAUUUAUGAAAAUAAAAAUUAUACAGAA